GCAGUUGUUGUGGAUGAGGAGUUUCCUGAGUUGCGGUUUCUGGGUGUACUGAAACACCACAGAAAACUCCAGCUGUCUCCUCCUUUACUGAAACUUUUAAAAGUGGCAGCUCAUAGUGGAGACAACCACAGCCCCUCAUAAGUUUUUCUGGUGGAGAAUGAAGCACUUCACUUUACCCGUUUAAUGGACAGACUGAAUGGACAUCAUCUCUACCAGCCUCACCAGUACGACGUGGACCUUGUGCUGGAGUGCCUCUGUAUAUUUAUCACCCCCAAGGGUUUACUGGCUUCCCACAAGCCUGUUUACCAGGCCCUCGUCUCCAAGGACGGACGAUUACACAUAAACCUGGCCUUUGAUGGGUUGAUAAGCCAGGGCCUAAAGAACACUUUCAACAUCUGUACCUCCAGGCUUGAGGUCUUUCAGGUCCUGCAAGCACCCAUCGUGCUCCAGAUGAGUGAUCCAGCUAGUUCCUGCCACAAGCUCCUCAUCAGCCAAUCGUUCGGCUCAGAGAUGGCUCACACUGAGGGGCGGGGCAAUGCCUCAUCCAAUCAAACAUACCCAGAGAUUAAAAUGAAAGAGAUUGAGAUGAUAUACACACAGCAAGGAAAUGGCACUUUAUCAUUGCUUAGAGAAGACAGUGGGGUCAAUAGGUCAACGCACCUCUCGGUAUCCCAUACACAUUUACCUGGUGUCCAGACGCAUCAAACUAUCCCACAAGCCAAGCACUUUUACAAGAAAGAGGACAGUGGAGGGGGAGUGGUUAGUGGGAGAGGGCGGGGCUUAUGCACAAUGGAGGGCAGAGCUGAUGAAGUGGGACCCCAAAAUGGUUCUGUCUCCUUUAACAGAGAGCAAAUAAUUGUGGAGGUCAAUCUCAACAACCAGACUCUGAAUGUCUCUAAAGGAUCCGAUGGCAAGGGUAUCACCUCAAGCACCUCAGCCCUUCUUGUUCCUAAUAUGGAGGAGGUUAAGGAACAAGAUGAUGAAGAUGUUAGCCAGGAUGAAGGAGAGUACGAACAUGAAAAGGAAGAAAGCGAUGAAGAAGAUGAAGAAGAUGAGGAAGAGAACGACCUCAGUAUUCCAGAGGUGGGACACGCCAGCAUGGAAAGACCUCAGCGUGCCUCGAGAUUACAAACAGGAAUGAAAGCAACAGUCACCAUGAGGCAAACGCUCAUCGGCACUGCGCUAACAGAAAGAGGGGAGGGGAGAAGAAGAAAAGAGCCGGAAAGUUUAGGUCAGAAGGUGAAGCUUGAGGAGAAGCAACAUUUUUCUUGUAAGAAGUGCCCUCGUGUUUUUAACAACCGCUGGUAUCUGGAGAAACACAUGAACGUCACUCACAACCGAAUGCAGAUCUGCAACAAAUGCGGCAAGCGCUUUCUACUGGAGAGCGAGCUGCUACUGCAUCAUCAGACCAACUGUGAGAAAAGCAUACAGUGUGUGACCUGUGGGAAAGCUUUUAAGAAGCUGUGGUCCUUACAUGAACACAACAAGAUUGUCCACGGAUAUGCGGAGAAGAAGUUCUCGUGUGAGAUCUGUGAGAAGAAGUUCUACACUAUGGCCCAUGUCCGGAAACACAUGGUUGCUCACACCCAGGACAUGCCCUUCACCUGUGAGACAUGUGGGAAGUCCUUCAAGCGCAGCAUGUCUCUUAAAGUGCACUCGCUUCAACAUUCUGGAGAAAAACCCUUCAAAUGUGAGAAUUGCAGUGAAAGGUUCCAGUACAAAUACCAGCUGAGGUCACACAUGAGCAUCCAUAUCGGACACAAGCAGUUCAUGUGCCAGUGGUGUGGGAAAGAUUUCAACAUGAAGCAGUACUUUGAUGAACAUAUGAAGACUCACACGGGAGAGAAACCAUAUAUCUGUGAAGUCUGUGGAAAAAGCUUCACGAGCCGGCCCAACAUGAAACGACACCGGCGCACUCACACGGGUGAGAAGCCUUACCCCUGCGAUGUCUGCGGCCAGCGUUUCCGUUUCUCAAACAUGCUCAAAGCCCACAAGGAAAAGUGCUUCCAGGUCAACAACCCCAUGGUACCUUACCCCAUCCCUCUGGACCUGGACCCCACAUCGACUGAUUUGGACACAGCCAAUCAGAUACCAAGCCAGCACUUGACUCCUCCCAGUGAAGUGUCUGGUCUCCACCAGGUCAAGUCUCUCUCGUUUUCCUUCGGACAUCCUAUCGUAAGUGUCCCUCCUCCACCACUGUUUUCCACUGAAAGGGUUAAUUCCAGUAACAACUAA